AUGCCUUGCGCGGCAAUAUGCGACCGGCUUCCUUGCAAUGAGCGAUGCACUAAGAUUCUUAAAUGCGGCCAUCAAUGCCCGAGCCUCUGCGGGGAAGACUGUCCAAAUAAUCUGUGCCAAGAGUGCGGCGACAAGGGAGACGCCCGUGUUGACUUCCUUGAAUGGAAAACCUAUUCCGAAAUCAGUCUCGAUGAAACUCCUAUCGUCGUGCUUGGAUGUGGCCAUUUCUUUACCAGUGAGUCGGUUGAUGGAUUGGUUGGCCUGGAUGAAGUAUACACGAGAGAUAAAGACGGAAAAUUCGACGGUCUCCGAGAUGUCUCUUCUUCACUUGCCAAUGUCAUACCAUCGUGCCCGGACUGUAAGCAGCCAAUUCGCCAGUUUGUGACGAAACGUUACAAUCGUGUUAUCAACCGUGCCGUUAUGGAUGAGACUUGGAAGCGGUUUCUUAUCAAGGGUCGCACAGACCUUGAAGGCCUUGAAUCGCGUCUGAAUGACAUUGAAGACAAGCUCAACUCUAAGCGAGCCACUGUGGAUGUGGGGGACACUAAAUCACAGCUUGAAGCACGAUAUGCAGCCUGUGCACGCCUCGCGAGGGAGGCUUUAGCUCUCAGCAAAGCCAUGGAGGCCGAGAAUCAGCCGAUGAAACGGCUCACGGAUGCGAUUGCCAUCUACCAGAAGUCAUCAGGGGACGAAGUAGCCUCCCUCUCAGCCCGAAUGGAGGCGAUGAAUAUGACAACACGAGAAUCAGACAACCAAAUUACCCUCGGCGCACGGUUAAUUUACAUCAAGUCCAAGGAAGUCAUGCUUAGCGAUGCCUUUAGAGUGAUAGAUUCAAGCGGAAAAUCUGCAACACUACCACGGCUAAGCCUCGUCAAACCAUUAUCAACCUUGAUUCAAGUUCUGAAGGAUUGCCGAGACUUGAUAACUCAAGCCAAUAAAGGAAAUUUCUCCCGUAUCGUCAUUAUGGCGACCGUCUCAUUCGCCAAGAUCGCCCAGCUGGACGCGUGGUAUCACCGCUCCCAUCCCGGAGAAACGUCAAGCGAUCUCAAAGGAAAAAUGGGUCUAGAAAAGCUCGAAGAUCGCUUUCAAACCACCCGCGAUCUCCUCGCCGAUGCGUUGAAACUAUGCGACGAACUGAGGAUCUGUUCUGAGCUCCAACAAAAGGUCCAGGAGAUGGUCCGCCUCUAUGAGGGAACACGAUACGAAACAGUCACUUUAGAAGAACUUCAAUCAAUCAAGACGGCCAUGGUCAGUGGGCGAGGAGGAAUCGUGACUCACUCUGGGCACUGGUACAAUUGCGUCAACGGACAUCCGUUUGCUAUUGGAGAGUGCGGUAUGCCGAUGGAGCAAGCUAGAUGCCCUGAAUGUGGAGCACCUAUUGGAGGUCAAAAUCACACAGCCGUUGAGGGCGUUUCUCGAGCGCGGGAAAUGGAGUAG